AUGGAAAGUCUGAUCUAUGUGCCACUACCUCCACAAGAUCCAAACAGAAAUGUAACUGCGUACUCUCGACUUCUCGAACUCUGGCCUGGCGAGGGCGCCAACCCAUUUUUAUGCACCCUUCAAAAUGUGGAUAUAGAACAUCCUCAUGUUCCGUUUGAAGCACUGUCCUAUGUCUGGGGGAGGGAGAAAAGCGAUAAUGUCCUGCUUUGCGCAGACAACCAAGGCAAUAUACAGGGGCAGCUGGAACUCACCAAAAACUUGGAGCAAGCAUUACACGCCUUGCGACAACCUCACCAGCGCAGGAUCCUCUGGAUUGAUGCCAUUUGCAUCCGACAGGACGACAACGCUGAGCGAUCCCGCCAGGUAUCCUAUAUGCGAUCCGUGUAUAAUAACGCAUCGCGGGUAAUCAUCUGGCUUGGCCAAAAAGAUGCAUCAGUCCGGCGUGCAUUCGAAUUCGCCCAGAAACUUGCCAUGACUGCCGCAGCCCUGGAAGCGACCAUUCCACAGAGCUCCCAAUCACCACAACAGGUCCAGAUAGCACGGUUGCACCGCCAAGACCUUGUCAUAAACGCCAUGAAAGACCACCCUGAAGAUUCCAGAGCAUUGGAUGAACUGCUUUCAAAGGAGUACUUCGAGCGCGUUUGGUGUAUCCAAGAAGCUGCCGCCGCAAAAGACUGCAUUGCGAAAUGCGAAGACCUCGAGAUUGAUUUUCACAUGCUCCUCAUGGUCGUACCAUUCCUCCUUCUUUAUCGAGGUCUCACUCCUAACGCAUCAGGCCUAAGCUUAUGGCAAGCUAUGGCAAUCGUCAAGGGACAAGACCACGAUCAAACGAAUCCAUUAACACCGACUGGUUCGCUCGGCCCGAUGUUGCGAGUCCUCAUGUCGGUUCGGAACUUCAAGGCUACGAAUCCAGUAGAUCGGAUAUAUGCGCUAUUAGGCUGCACUGACGAGGGACUGGAGCCGAUCUUAGGGAGCUUGACUACUUUUGCAGGGAACAAAAGAAGUCCCGGGUUGGCACUAAUGCAGAGAGGCUUGAUAUGGCUGGCAAAGAAUGUGGAGGGCCAGCGACGACCUGAUGGAAAGUUCCUCCGACAUUGGGCACUGAGGCCAGACUAUGACAAGAGCGUGCGCGAUGUCUACCGCAACUUUACUAGAUAUUGCAUCCGCCGGAGUCCUAGGAUUUUGGAUGCUCUCUCCCACGUACAGCAUCACUCCAACCCGACCGGACAAGACGAGUUUCCAACUUGGGUUCCCAAGUUCCAUGAGCCUCGUAACGCUUCUUCGUUUGUCUUGGAUGUCUACAUGGCCGGAGUGCCACCGAAAGGGCAUUAUCGUUAUUUUGCGCAGGUGCAGGACAAUCCGUUGGUGCAAGGGUCAAUUAAAGAACCAAAUAUCCUGCAAGCUGACGGCUUCCGGGUCGACGUUGUUGAUACUGUUUCCGAGACUAUCACACAAGGCGCUAGUGGAAUAAUCUCACCUCAAACUGUCUGGAACCAAUUAUUUCCAAUGCCCAUUUCCCCAAGACCAGAUUUGCAAUACGAGUUUGGGGCAGAGGCCUUGGAUGUCGCUUUUUUCAUGACGCUGCUCGCAGGUGGUGUGUUGAAUACGCUCGAAAUCGGGUUCGAAGGCGCUCCGACGACAAGAUCCGAAGUAGUGGAGCAUUUCACAAAGCAAGCGAAAUGUGACCUGUACCAGUGGCUAGAGGGCGAGCCUGGAUUUGAUCCGCAAGCCUAUGCGGACCUCAUACGUGAUUCCCAAGGCGCAAACCAUGAGCAGGGGCGUUCUCGUUUUGAGAAAUGCUGUGUUAUGUACUCAUUCAACCGGAGACUAUAUCGCACUCGAUCUGGAAUGUUGGGUCUGGGCCCAAUGGUCACGAGACCUGGUGAUGUUGUAGUUGUUCUCUUUGGCGGAAAAUAUCCUUUUUUGCUUCGGCAGCUUGCUCGUGAAUGGCUGUUCCUGGGGGAAACAUAUGUGCGGAAUAAUCACGUUAUGCGUGGUGAAGCAGUGACGGAGGCACGUUCAACAAGAGGAAGACAAAGAGUCGAGACAUUCCGUAUCCGGUAG